AUGCGCCCUGCCACACGGGAACAGCAGGGCAUCGCCAAGACCCGCACGCGCCACCAACCCUCUGAGACGGGUGCUUUUAUCGUCCCCAUCGUACAGAUGCGGAAACUGAGGCCAAGCGAGGUGCGGUCCCCUAGCCCCAAGGCGCCCAGCCGGGAAGUGGCCGAGUUGGGUACUGGAACUCGGUCCGCAGCCAAAACAGACAAGGACGCACACAUCGCGUGCCAGGCCAAGGCGUCGUCGGGGGGCUCACGCCCCCUCGAGCUGCAGACACCCCGGAAGCACGGACUCCCACCCCGCGCGCGGACGUCCCCGCCGUCCGGGAGCACCUGCGACGCGUCCCUCCCGCGUGAGGCCGGACGGGAGCUGCGCAGCCCAGACGCAGCCUCGCAGCGCACCGCGGAGGCGACCCAGACACCCCCUCCCCUGCGCGCCCGCCCCGUCCCCGCCGCCCCCCUCCCAGCGGGGACCCAAGACCCCCCCCAGGGGAGCAGCGGGGACUGGCGGCUCACGAACCCCGCCGCGCACAGCCCUCCCCAUCAGGGGCCUCUGACCCAGCUCAAUAGUUACCCCCAUGCCUCUGCUCCCAUCGAGCGACUGCUGUGGGGCACGUGGUGUGGGGACCCGGCGGGCUCGUCACCCAGCGAGUGGAAAGGUCACCCCGGGGCCAGCGCGCCCCCGGGGGUGACCUCAGUCCUCCUCUCCUCCCCGGUCCUCACGGUGUCUCCCCCAUAUUCCUACAGCCAGAAGUUGUCAGGCGAAUACUUCAGGUACAAGGGGAUCCCCUUCCCCGUGGGCAUCUACUCACCCGAGAGCAUCCGCAUGGUCGAGAACGUUGAUGUGCAGGACGACGACAUCUUCAUCAUCACCUACCCCAAGUCAGGGACCAACUGGAUGAUUGAGAUCCUCAGCUUAAUCCUAAAGGACGGGGACCCAUCCUGGGUCCUCUCGGUGCCCAUCUGGAAGCGGGCGCCCUGGUGUGAGACCAUCCUGGGUGCCUUCAGCCUCUCGGACCAGCCCAGACCCCGCCUCAUGAGUUCUCACCUCCCCAUCCAGCUCUUUGCCAAAGCCUUCUUCACCUCCAAGGCCAAGGCGAUCUACAUGGGCCGGAACCCCCGGGACGUGGCGGUCUCGCUGUAUCAUUACUCCAAGAUCGCCGGGCAGUUGAAGGACCCCGGCACACCUGACCAGUUCCUGCAGAACUUUCUCAAAGGCGAAGUGCAGUUUGGCUCCUGGUUCGACCACAUUAAGGGCUGGAUUCGGAUGAAGGGCAGAGAGAACUUCCUGUUCAUCACCUACGAGGAACUGCAGCAGGACCUCCACAGCUCCCUGCAGAACAUAUGUCAGUUUUUGGGCCGGCCGCUGGGCAAGGAGGCGCUGGACUCCGUCGUGGCACACUCGGCUUUCGGCGCCAUGAAGGCCAACGCCAUGUCCAACUUCACUCUGCUGCCCCCCAGCCUGCUGGACCAACGCCACGGCGCCUUCCUCCGGAAAGGGGUGUGCGGCGACUGGAAGAACCACUUUACGGUGGCACAGAGCGAAGCCUUCGACCGCGUCUACCGGGAGCAGAUGCGGGGGCUGCCCACCUUCCCCUGGGACGACCCCGAGGACGCCAGCCCGGACCCCGAUCCCAGCCCCACCCCAGCCCAGGCCUCCGAGCACCCCCCGGACGUGUGACCUUGAGAAUAAACGCAUCGCUCCUGC